CGUCAAUGGAAUAUCCACGCAAACCAUUACAAGCCCUGCCUCAAUUUAUGAAUGAUCAUCCGUACAACUAAGGGACUCACCGUCUGGCAACGUGUUGAAGCCAGCAACGACUGACUCCCCAAGCCGUGGGCCAACUUUACCUCCACCAGGCUGAACUUGGCGUGAUCGCUGUUUCACUCCCACACAAACAAGCAACAAAGCUUGGCGCCCACCAGCCACUCAGCGGCCCACGACGCCGGUCAUUUAACGUUAGCGCAGACUGCAAGUUUGAGGCGAUUUGCCCUGGUCUUCUGCCUCUGAUCCGUUCGGCUUCUGCUGGUUUCUUCGAACGCUCGGUCGAUCAUUGAAUUCCGCUGGGCUCUCGUUUCCCCAUCCCGUGUCGCUGCUUUCGUACGCCGUACCUCCGCUCGUUUCAUCGGCUUCUGACACCGCUCACACACGCCCUGCCCGUCGGCCCUUCUUGGUCUCAGUCUCUCGUUUCUCCCCAGCGCAGCGAUGCCGUCCCGUGCCAACAGCACCACCGUCGCGCCUACGGGCACUGCUAAGCCCAAACGCUUUGAGCUUCCCGCUCUCGAUUUGAAGCUCGGCUCCUUGACGGACGGUACUGACAUACCCCCCCCGCUGCCAUCGCCGAUCCAAGAGAAAGCCGGUCCAACCCCGCCAGAUACGCCAAAGAUCGAGCAGCCGCGACAGGAAGACGCCGGCGCGACCAACGGAACCCUGAAGAUGGCAUCACCGCAUUCCCAGUUAUCAAACAUAUCAACAACGGGCACCAAGCGGCGCGCCGAGGACAGCCUUACGUCUCCAACCUUGUCGAACCGACCCGGGAGUAUCCGUCGCCUGUUCAGUCGGGGCCUGUUGAAUACGGCAUACGCCAAUGGGGAUGACGCCGCUCUGGACAGGCGACCCCAAAGCCGCGGCACCGCUAGCGUUGCCGACUCGCGCAAGGCGAAGCGCUCGAGCGGUUGGUUCGGUCGGUUACGAAGCAACGAAGCCCUGCCUUCCAAACCCGUGACCCCGCUUUCACCGCCGGCCACCGACGACAGAAAGCCGACGGGCCCACCGCCGCCCACGAUCCCUGAGCUGAGCGAGCUCAAGUCGAAGCUAGGCAUUCAGAACGACGACAGAUCCAUAUAUGUCGCCCAUCCGCGCCGCUACAAAUCCGGACCCUACGGCUACACCCAAGCCAAGACGCUUGUCUUCUCUCGCUUCGGCGAGCCGCGCGACGUCCUGCGCCUGCACACGCACUCCAUCUCGCCCACCCUACCCGACGGCGCCGUCCUUGUGCGCGCCCUCGCCGCGCCCAUCAACCCGGCCGACGUCAAUACCAUUCAGGGCACCUACGGCGCCAAGCCGGCCUUUGACCAGCAGCUUCCUCUGGGCACGCCCGAGCCGGCGGCCGUUCCGGGGAAUGAAGGGUGUUUUGAGGUCGUUGCUGUGGGCGGGGUCAUCCAGCUGGGGCGGUUGUGGGGGUUGAGGAGUGUCAACGUGAUUCGGGAGAGGGCGACGCCUGAGGAGACGGAGGCGUUGAAGAAGGAGCUUACGGAGUUGGGGGCGACUGUCGUGAUUACCGAGAGCGAGUUUCUCGAUCGCUCGUUUACGGCGAGGCUAAAGGAGGAGUGGACGCGGGGUGGCAAGGAGCCGGUGAUGCUGGGGCUCAAUUGUGUCGGGGGCAAGUCGGCGGCGGCCAUGGUCAAGGCCCUCAGCCCUAAGGGAUGCAUGGUCACGUACGGAGGCAUGUCGAGGCAGAGCUUUCCCUUCCCCACGGGGCCGCAGAUAUUCAAGCGGUUGCGGUUUGAGGGCUUUUGGCUUAGUGAAUGGGGCAAGGAGAAUCCGCUCGAGAAGCGCAACACCGUCAACGAGAUCUUGGACCUGAUGCGGGAGGGCAAGUUCAAGGAGGCGCCGUUCCAAGAGAUUGAGUGGAACUGGGACACCGAGGAGAAGACGCUGAAGGAUGCUGUCCAGGGCACUUUGGAGGGGUUCCGGCCCGGAAAGGGCCUGUUUGUAUUUGGUGACACAUAGAUGGUGCAGACAUAUAGUCAUGUCUGUGCAUGUCGCAGGACACAGAUGUGAUAGACUGUGAAGAUUUAUGGUUCCGGUAUC